UUGGCUCUCUGUGACGUCAGCCCCGCCUCCUCACAGUGGAGGGGGAAGUGAGGAGACAUGGCAUCCUCAGUGUUUGUUUGAACGUCGAGCGGGAUGGACCUACCUUUGUGCGCGCGUUGACGUUUUUACCGGCUUUCAGAUUUAGGAUUGUUUUGAAGAUGUUGACAGACGUUAACCCAGUCACGAGGGUGGCCGGUCCGCUGUACAGCACGCAUCAGCUGCCGAUCAACAAAUCUGUGCCUGAUAUACAAUCUGCUCUGGGCGGAAAAGGUGGCUGCAAUGACUCUUGGCCCAGCGAGCAAGAAAUUAUGGAGCACCCCGGACUGCGAGGCACUCCUCUGGCGAUGCUGGCGGCUCAAUGCAACAAGCUGUCCAGCAAGUCACCGCCCCCUCUCGCGGACGCCGCCGUCGGAAAAGGCUUCCACCCCUGGAAGAAGAGCCCCCAGAGCGGCGGUGGCAACGUCGGCCCCGGCAGUCCCACGGGCCCUCAGCGACCUACCACAACCUCCUCCGCGGCCUCCACCAUGGGCAACUCAGCGUACAGCAGUAGACCUGUGAUGACGUCGUGCGGCAUGAGUGGAGGUUACACCGGCGGAGACUUCUACUUUCCCGGGGCCACGGCUCAGGCGACAGAGAACUCUCACCACCAGGCGGCGCUGCUGGGCAAGGUGGAGGGUGCCGCGACUCACCACGCUGCACUAGGCUCAGUGUACUCAAGACACCCGUACGAGUCGUGGCCGUUCAGCGGGAUGCCGGCGGCGACUCACCCAGGAGCGAUGAAGCCCGGAGACGCGGGUGGAUGGUGGGACGUCCACGGCGCGGCUGCGGGUGGUUGGCUGGACAUGAGUGGAGGCAUGCACGCUCAGAUGGCCGCAAACUACACCAGCGACUACUCUACAUUGAGUCACUCCCUCGCAGCAUCCAACACCGCGCACCUCCUCAGCUCCGGGCAGCACCUGCUACAGGACACGUACAAGAGUAUGCUGCCUGGACAGAGCAGCUUCGGCCUCGGACAUCACCAUCACAGCUCGGCUACCACGCCUACCACCGUCUCCACGUCCAACUCCCAGGUACCGUCACCUCGGUCCCAGCGGCGGUACACGGGCAGAGCGACGUGUGACUGCCCCAACUGCCAGGAGGCGGAGAGGCUAGGUCCGGCGGGAGUUCAUCUUCGCAAGAAGAACAUCCACAGUUGUCACAUACCGGGUUGUGGCAAGGUGUACGGCAAGACGUCCCACCUGAAGGCGCAUUUGCGGUGGCACACGGGGGAGCGACCCUUCGUAUGCAACUGGCUGUUCUGCGGCAAGAGGUUCACCAGGAGCGACGAGCUACAGAGACACCUCCGUACUCACACAGGCGAGAAGAGGUUCGCAUGCCCAGUCUGCAACAAGCGGUUCAUGCGCAGCGACCACCUCGCCAAGCACGUCAAGACCCACAACGGAAACGGAAGCAAAAAGGGAAGCUCCGACUCGUGUUCCGACUCCGAGGAGAACUCCCAGUCGGAACUCACCGGAGUGAACUCUCCCCACGGGUCGGUGAAUACUCCUCCACCUGGUCUGGAGGUGGACGUGAAGCCUGGGGGGUUAGUCUGAGGGCGGUGGGGUCCGGCGCUGUUCUACCACCAUCCUCACUAGCGCUAGGACCCCACCCCUUCCUGCACCUACGAGUCUGUCCCCCACCACCACCACAUACACACACAAACAUACACCAGACGUGUACUCAAUAGUAAUUGCUAAGAGGAAACCAGUAACCUAAAAAUCAACUAGAGUAAAAAAAAAUUAUCAACCAUCUAUUUAAUCUAGAAUUAAGAGAUUGUGUGCAAUGAAUAUUUGCAAUAGAGCACACUUUAAGACACUCACUUAAAUACCUUAAAAAUGCUAAUUUCUUUACACUUACAUUCUUUACUCUGUUAUCUGUCAACAUGAAAAACUUAAUUCGUUCUUUUACAAUGCAUCACAUAUUGAGCCCUUAAAAAUCUUCUUAAAGUAUGUAUGCAGGGAAUAUUUAUUGAAUAAAGAAAAGUACCGAAUGAACAAAUGAUCUUUCAAAGAGUGUUCUUAGCACACUGAGUGUUCCUAAAUAAUGAAACUAAAAAUUGCACAUUCCUCCAACAUUGUAUUUAUAAACUUUUCCAACCAACAAGCUCUGAUACAAUGAGAAUCUGAUACACAAUAUUUGUGCCUUUGUAGAGUUGUUUAUUAUUUAACGUUGCCUUGGUCAGCUGGAUAGCUGAUCAGCUGAUCUAUUGCACAUUUCAUAGCGGUGGGCGGACCGACUCCCUGUGCCAUGGGAACAGUAAUAUUGAGUCUGUGAUCAAAUAUACUGCUUCCUCCAACCCUAACUCUCCCCUUGUAACAUAGACUUGUUAAUAAAUUGUUUUAUAUUCGACCCCAGUCAUUAGCGAAUGUACAUAGACAUUGAUAGUGUUGUUAUACAUCGAGGUUGAACAGUACAUAGUGCGUGUAUAUAACUUAUAAUUUACUUUAUUAUAUACCUAAUACUUGUUGCCAACUGUACAUAUGUAUCAUUGUACCAUUGACAUAUCAUGGAAGUACUACUGUAACGGUGUUUAUGUAAGUAUAUGUUUUUGUACACUUAAAAAUUGUGUUUAAAUAUUGUACUUUUUAAAAUUGUCAUAUUCAGAACGUAAUGACUUAAAAAAAUAUAUUUAAGACUCCAUUUCAUUGUUGAAACUUCUAUACAUACUAAAAAUAAAAUAGCAAAAAUUAGUGUUUUUUAUAGUUAAACCUUAAGUUUAUCAUAUGAGAUUAAAGGACCAGAUGCUAUUCGAAUAAACAUUCGUACUAUUUGAUGUAGCCUUGUAUAAAUUUUGGUGUUAUACUCUUACUUUGAAUAUUCUUCUAUAUUUACAAUGGUAUUGUCCAUAUGAUCUGUGUUUUCCUAAAUCAAAUAAAUAUGAUAAGAAUCACAUGAACUGUAUAAGCUAAAUUCCACUAAAUGCCAAUGUCAUGUAGACAACAUUUUUGAGCAUAAAACUCUAAUUGAUACAUUAUACUGUCAAACACUGUUAAAGUAGUACAGAAGGAAUCAUUUCCUGGCCAAGCUGUUCCUGAUUGUGUCGAUCAAUAAAUCACU